AUGCUCAAAAAUCUAGGAAUUUCUUAUAAUCUCCAACCGCAGGAUUCCAACCUCCGUCACCGCUUUCGCUGCCAUUCCUCUUGUCCUUGCACCACCAUCAUGUCCGACUCCUCUGCCCCCGAGAGCACUCUCCCGUACCCGCCAAUACACGAGGACAAAAAGUUUAUCGCACUAUCCGACUGGGACGGCACCAUCACCACAUAUGAUUCCAAUGAUUACAUGACCGACAAUCUGGGCUUCGGCAAGGAAAAACGGAGGCAGGGAAAUCUGGACAUACUCGCCGGGAUCGAUACAUUCAGAGAUGGCUUUCGUAAAAUGCUUGCUAGCGUGGUUGCGAAUGGGCAUACAUUCGAAGAGUGUAAAAAAAUCCUUCGCGACAAUAUCAAGCUUGACCCGGGCUUCAAAGAGUUCUUCUCAUGGUGCAAGGCUCAUGACAUUCCAGUCAUCAUCGUCUCGAGUGGCAUGGCGCCUCUCAUCCGUGCUGUGCUCGCGAACCUGGUCGGCGAGGACUCAGCGAAUGAGAUCGAAAUCAUCGCGAACGACGUGAAGGUCUUCCCGGAUGGGAAAUGGGAGAUCAUGUUCAGACACCCCUCCAGCGGGUUCGGACAUGACAAGUCACAGGCUAUUCUGCCUUACCGCCGGCUACCUGAGCCCCCGACACUGUUUUUCUUCGGGGACGGUGUAUCAGAUAUUUCGGCCGCGAAACACGCUGACGUGCUCUUUGUCAAAACCAAGGAAGACGGCGAAAACGAUCUGGCGGCUUAUUGUGAACGCGAACACAUCAAGCAUAUCCUUUUCGACAAUUUCUCCAAGGCGCUACCUAUUGUCCAGUCUGUUGUGAAAGGGGAGAAGAGUCUGGAAGACUUCACGAAGUGA